CCAAAACAAUCUGGCAACGCUGAAUCCUGUUGAAAAGCUCGAAGUAAACAGUUUUCGGUGCUCAGAAGUAAUCUCAAGUCACCUGUGGCUCUCUUGAUGACCCCCAACGCCAUCACUGCUGCACAAUUACAUUUUUUCAGUAGCUUUUCUCAGCAACAAGGACGACCACAGCAGUAAAAGGGUUAAGUUGACAUGUACAGGUGACCACAGGAGCCUUCAGGUGAUGAGAGACACACAUACAGCUAUUGGCCAUGUGAUGUGAUGUGAUGGCUUUGGCGGCACCAAGGCGGGGUGACCGAGGCUCCUCCCUGGCCCCAAGCAGCAGCACAGUGUAUGUCUCCAACCUGCCCUUCUCCCUCACCAAUAAUGACCUCACCAAGAUAUUUGAAAAGUUUGGGAAAGUUGUCAGGGUAACAAUUCUGAGGGACAAGGAGACCCGCAAGAGCCGUGGUGUGGCAUUUCUGCUUUACCUGACACGAGAGGAGGCCCAAGCAUGUGUGCGCAACACUGAUGGCUGUACACUCUUUGGCCGCACAGUGAAGGCCAGCAUUGCCAAGGACAAUGGCCGUGCCCCUGAGUUCAUAAGGCGACGAGAAUAUCCUGACAAAUCAAGGUGCUACGAGUGUGGGGAGUUUGGCCAUCUGAGUUAUGCUUGCCCUAACAACUUACUAGGGGACCGAGACCCUCCCAAGAAGAAGUCAAAGAAGAGAAAGAAGGAAGCCGAGUCAAAGACAAAGAAGCUCUGCAAGUCAGGGGACACUGAUGAAGAGGCAGAUGAGGAGGAAGAAAACUUUGAGGACGAGUCUCUGAGUGCAGCCAUUAAAUAUCAGCAAGAAUUACGGGAGGCAGAGACCUUCCAGGAGAGGAUUUCUGUUGGGGAUCACUUGAAGAAAACAGAAGAGAAGCAUAAGGCAAAGAUCAAGAAAUCUUCAUACUUCAGUGAUGAAGAAGAAUUGAGUGACAGCUGAGGGGUGAGAAGUGUAUUUGUGCUGCAUAAGUGCAAAAAAAUACAUAUUGUGAGACUCAUGCUGUGUGGGAGUUCAAAUCAUGCAAACUGUUCUGAACUUAUAGAUCUACUUUUGAUAUGGACAUGUAUUAAAAAGCAGUCUGUUAUAUAAAUAAGUGUAUUGUUUUAUACUGAGCAAUGUUACAUUGACUUUGCAUGAGAUGAUAUACCAGUCAAGUAUUUCUUUCAUAUUAACAAAAAUAAAAAAUGAAAUACAGUAAUGUAUUUCACAUUAGAAGUGAAGGAUUCCUUGUUUGACUAAAAAUUUCUCCACGCUGUAAAACGAACAUUGGGAACCUGGAUUUUUAAUGCAAGCCUGAUAGAUUAUUCAGGAGUCUUUGUUUAACUGUAGAUUAUAUGAUGUCACAUUUAAUGCAGCUGCCACUUACAUGGGCAGGACAACAACUUAUAUCUAUACAUUAGAGCUCAUGCAGUACGUAUAAAAAUAUAUAAUGUAACUAACAUAAAAAAAUCCUAUAAUGACAAAGAGCUGCCAAGGUAACUUAAUGGUGGAAAAUUUCAACUAUGAACAUCAUCAAGUAAUGACACAUCUAUCUGUUAGCACCUUACAUGCCUAUGUAGGCCUCAUCAGAUCUUGUGUUGUAGACAUUAUAGAUAGCUUAUUAUGCCUGAGUGUUGAUGUUUUUUUUUUUCCAUGUUUGUUCCAAACACUGUAUGGCCGCCAGGGGUGUUGUCAGGACUUAGAUGAGGAGGCUUCCCAUAUCACCCAUGUUUCAGAGCAAAGGGAAGAAUGGGGCAGGACCAUCUGUGCAGUUUUAGAGAGAGCAGAGAUUUGUUGUCAGCUAUGAACAGCCUCCAACUAUAUGUCUGUCCCUUCCCCUGGCUGUUUCCAUGCAUUGUGGAGGUAGGGGUCUAGGAAGAGAUGGGAGCUUCCACAUAGUAGGGGUCUUUUUCUGCUUCCACAACUAGACAAGCUCCAUUGCGUCCCUCCUCUAGCAGCUUCACCAAGCUGUUGGCCACAGUCUCUGAACUGGGGGGAAACAAAGAGACCAGAGUUAUGCAUUGGGUUAUUAUGAUAAAAGAAUAUCGGAGUUUAAGCAAACUGAUUCAAGUAAGUGCCUCUCUUCUGGGUGAAAGUGUACAUUUGGUUGGCAGUGCUUAAAGUCUAAACUAAUUUUAUUUCUGCAAAUCUUGCCAGGUAUUAAGCAUUUAUUACAUUAUUGCAACAGUUUUGUUUCUGAUAAAAAAAUAAUUUGUUCAAGUGCAUAUAUAUUCCUUUAAGGAUGUUCUUGGAUGGGGUCCCAGUCUACUCACGUCAGAUCCUUGAGGCCAGAUGAAAACUUUGAUAGGGCUUGUACUACUUCAGGAGAGAAGGCUUUCUUCAUGGAAUUUGCCAGCAGUUCUGUCUUCACUAAGCUUGGGCACAAAGCCUGAACUUUCACUCCACUGAUCUUGAAGUGGAAAUCAUGCUGUUGGAAAAAGAGAAAAAAAUUAGGAAUGUGUUUCCAACCAUGUUUUAAAAAGUUCAGUGCCCAAAUUUAUAAAAUGUUGCACUCAUAAACGUCACCAUGAUGGAUGCCUACUUAUUAUUAUCAUCAUCAUCAUCAUCAUAAUAAUAAUAAUCUAAUUAGCAUUACUUGCUAAUUUUUCAACUUGCAUUUUGCUGGCCUGCCAUCUACCAAAUGACUCAGCCAUGCUCCUUGGUGCAUAUGGCUUUUAUUCUCCUUUUUUUUUUUUAUGUCAGUUCAGUUUUAAAACUGCAUUUUGUUGCUCCCCAGCCAGCAGUAUUGGUGGACAGCUCAUGGAAGGUACAAAUCCUUUAUACACUCACAAUAAGGCAGAAACAGAAGCCAGUCUUUCAACUCCUUAUACAUGUAUGUAAGGACAAAUUCUUAGGACAGAAAUGCUGUCAAGAUUCUCCAUUUGAACUUGACUUUUGGUUAUUCCUUUAUUAACUUUUGGAUUUUUGCACAUACCAGUUGUUCACCAGUUGUUCACCAAAUUCAUAAUUUUGAAAAUAACUCAUUCUGAAUUUCUUAUUUUAUGAUGGAGAUGAGGUAUGAUAAUAGUGAAUGAAUACAGUUGCUUUUGUUUUGUUUUUUAAACAGGCAGUGUCCUAUACUUCGGAAAUGUAAUGAUGUAGGUAAAAAGAGUACUUCAUGAAAUGGAUCAUAAAUCUGUAGAUACAUCACAUUCUUCCACAGUACAACACUGGCUGCUUCUUUGUGUGUAUCAUGGCCUUGGCUAACUAAAGAUUUAUUUUUAGAACUAUGGCUCUCUCUCACUUGAUGGAUGUUCUAUCUCAACCUACUGUUCCAACUCUUCCAUUGCAUGAGUUUAAUGUACAUAGAAUUUCAUAAUAAUGCUUUAGAGAACAACAGCUGAUGGUAAAGAACAGGAAACAAGGUGUAUGUUAAUAAAUGAAAUAUACUCACCCCUAAACUCCGUACAAGCCCAAUAAUGGCAUGCUUGGUGGCUGAGUAAACAGGGCCAAACGGAUUUGCCUUGACACCCACAAUGCUGGAAAUGUUGACCACCACUCCUCCUGAGCCUCCCUUGUUGGUGCCCAUGCGGUCCAGAGCCAGCAGUGUCCCCCUCAUGCAGCCUCCCUGUUGAUGAGGAGCUUUGAAAACCACUGUGCCAUUACAUACAUUGCACCUGGAUAAGUAUGAUACCUCACUUAAGUCUUAAUUCAUGGCAUUCUGUCUUACUUAGAAUGAUUUUGAUAAAAAAAUUUUUAAUGAUGUAGUUUUUUCCUCUCAUACCUGUGAGGUGACAUCCAAAUAUAAGACUUAAUGAGCUAAGAUGGACAAAUAUCUUUACAUACACUAUUCAUUUUGCCAGAUCUAGUUAAUUACAUACAUGAAUUAGUCAGAUAGUUAACAUUUAGGUAUAUUUGUUGGUGCAUAUCGUUGGUAAUGACUUAUCACUCCUUCCUGAUUAUGUUGUCAACUUACAAGAUUUACUGCAACUGUUUUAUCCCAUUCUUGCUCGUUGCCAAUGCCAGCAUUAUUGAUGAGCACGUUCACUGGUCCCAACUUCUCCACUGUAGCAUCCCAGACCGCUGUAAAAACACAGAGAACAGAGGCUCAUCACGGUGUCAUUGAGGAAUUAGGCAUGAUCUUAUCUACUGGUUCUCAUCUCUGUUUUCAUGAACCUGUCACCUUGUGGCAGAUUAUUUACUCUGCUCUACUAUCUUGUGGCAGCACACCAUCCUUCACAUUAAUAGUUACUUCAGCAAGGUGUUAUCCCUGAUAUGUGAGAGGAAAGACUGCAGGUUUAUCAAGUAUUAGAGUCAGAAGUGCUUCAAAUAGAUCAUUUGGCUAGCUUUCAGGAAAAUGGACAUUUUAUUGGUUAGGUUUGAAUCUGAAGCUUUGUAUCAAUACACCAUUUAGCCACUUUGAACUUUUAUACCUUUGUGUUGUACAUAAUUUUCAAUAUGACAUUCACUGUGUACAUUUGCUCAUCUCUACACAUCUUCGAUUUUAUGGUAAUGUACUGCAGCUGUCCAACAUUUUUGCCUAUGAUGUUACUGUUCAACAAAUGGUGAGCAAAUAAUACAAAGCUACAAAAUAUGAUGAA